AAACCCAGACUUUACUCCAGUCACUCUCACAUUCACUCUCACAUCCUUUUUGGCACCAAAAGAUCAAAACAACCACCAAGAUGACUAAACCACUGCUCCUCCUGGCUGCUCUGACUCUCUGCUGCUGCAUCACUGCUCUGCAUGCUUUUCCCAGGCAGGGGUGUCGCUGUUUAGAUACCAGGUCAGCUCCUGUCCUUGUUCGGGUCAUAGAGAAAAUUGAGGUGAUUCCCAUCUCAGGACGCUGCCGCCAGACUGAAAUCAUAAUCACCAGAAAGAAUGGCUCCAAAGUUUGUGUUGACCCACAGGCAAAGUGGUUCAAAUCCCUGUUCAGCAAUUUGCAAAAGGACAAUGUGACAUCCAGCUCAACCACUGUUUCACCCACUGCUUCAGCAAUCAUCUUCUGAUCAUAAUGUGUGGCAACAUUUUACCAAACAGUGGCUUCACAUAAAUUUAAGAAGCUGUAAAUCAAUUGUAGGACGACCGUCUACUGUCUUAGAGCUUCCUUCUUCAGUACCUAUGUGUUUAUGUUGCAUUUUACUGUCAAAAACCACAAAUCUGUACAGUGAGGUAAUGACUGUUCCUGAUAAACAACGCGUAAAACAGACAAUGCUUUCCCGUAAAUGUGAAUAAUAUCCUGCUGUCCGCAUUGUAUUGGUUCCAUUUUGGAUGAUGCUGUAACUCGUCUUUCAAUAAAAAAUAAAAGCACAGACAAUAUGA